ACUGUGAAGCGCCCAGUCUCUUUUCGUUACCAAUCUCGGUCACUCCUCAUGGAAGAUUUCGUGUCUACGUCUUCUCUUAUGUCUAUGCCUGUAGCAUCACUAAGCAACACAACAUAACCUCGUCGAGUCGAGUCAAGCGAAUCACGCUUGUUUUGUCAGCUACUAAGAACCGUGAGUUGCAAAAAAUCAUGCCGAUGCAAUGGCAAAACUUCCUCGACGUUCUCGGCCGCAAAAUGCGCUCCUCUCGAUUGGCCAGUGACAUAGCCUUGAAGACAAAGAUAAAUCGCGAGGACGAGCUAAUGUCAUACUUGGCGACCGAUCAUGAAAUUAUAAAGCUUAUAUCUAUGUGGCUAGACGAGACAUAUAAUAAAAGGGAGGGCAAAUCUCUGGAGAAAGCAACGAUAUUUAAGAUGGUCGGUAAUAGGGAGUUUCAAUCGAAGAAAUAUGCCUUAUCAGUGAGUACGUACACAAAGAGUGCGAUAUAUGCUCCAGCAGACAGUGAAGAUCUCUCGGUAGCAAUCGCUAACAGGUCUGCUGCUUUGUUCUACUUGGGCAAAUAUCACGACUGUAUCAAAGACAUCGAGUUGGCGACCAAGUUGAAGUAUCCACGGAAAUUAUGUUACAAACUGUACAUACGUGCAGUUCAGUGUUAUUUAAAGUUAGGUAAGAAAGAAUACGCCAGGGCGGCACUCCAUCAGCUACGCGCACUAAUCAACGAGUACGAUGACAUGCCAAACACAAAGAAAGAAACUCUAGAGAAGCAGCUAGUUCAAUUGUCGUCCUCCGUAUCACAGAUGGUAGACACGAGCGACGACGUCACGGGUGUCACGGAAUCUCAUCGCAUACUGCCCGAGAUCUUGUUCGGCGAGAACCCGAAUUUGCCGUUCGCGUCGACGGCCUUAGACAUUAAGUAUACGCCGCAAAAGGGACGACACAUGGUAGCUAAUAGAGAUAUCAAGAGGAGCCAGAUACUCUUCGUCGAGAAGCCCUUCAGUUUCGUGACACUGGAGUGUGACGGGGCGAGUGACUUAUGUGAGAAUUGUUGUCGCUCGUGCGGCAAGAACCUUACACCGUGUUCAGGAUGCAUCGACACUGUAUUUUGCGACGUGAACUGUUGGAACGAGGCGUACUCGUCUCAUCACCGCUGGGAGUGCGUGGGCAAUCAGAUGCGUCUUUGGCAGCAGAUCGGGGUGGCGCACUUGGGCUUGAAGACGCUCCUCAAGUGCACGAUGACGACCGACAAUAGCAUGUUUAACAGAGUACAGCAGCUAGUGACCGGUUUCGAUAAUCUCUCAGCGAACGACCUUAUUGUAUAUGGAAUCACGGCAACUAUGCUCACACUGUAUUUAACAAAGUACACAGAUUAUUUUAAAGUUUGCAAUGUCAGAGAACACCUAGUGUCGAAGUUUACCGACAACACUUUCAACUUCAACAAUGAUCUCGCGACAGAGAGCGAUGAACGAGUAUAUGUAAGUUCUCUACUACUGAGGCACGUUUUACAGCUUAUUUGUAACGGGCAUGCUAUCACAAAGCUAAACAAGAUAGCAUCAGAUAAAGAUAAGCUCUGUGUCGAGCAACAAGAUAGAAUAGCUACAGCGAUUUAUCCUUCUGCGAGCAUGAUGAAUCAUUCUUGUGAUCCUAAUAUAAUUACUAGCUUUGUGGACCAAUAUUUAAUAGUGAGAGCCAUGAAGGAUAUCCAGGCAGGUGAAGAGGUUUCCAAUUGUUACGGACCUAACUUCAGAAGAAUGUCGAGAGAGCAUAGACAAGAAAUUCUGAAGAACCAGUAUGGCUUCGAGUGCAGAUGCGACCCGUGCGUUAUGCCGGAAUACGAGAAUUUCAUGGAAAGAUUUCACGCGAUCAAAUGCCCGGAAUGCGGCGGCGCGUUGGAGGAGUUCCAUUCGUAUUCCAUGCACUGCUUAGACUGCGGAGCGACGCCUUACAUUAAUUGUCAAAUCGAGCUGAAGAACGCCGUGACCGCUUUCGACGCGGCGCAAAUUUAUAUCGAGCUCGAGCGAGAGGAGGAGGCAGUGGUAAAAUUGAAGGAGUGCCUGAGCAUUAGGAGAAACCUAUUGUACAAGUACCAUCAGGAUCUCACCGCCACUUUGGAUAUCCUCGGCAAAGUAUACGCCAUUAUGGGACGAUGGCUCGAGUCUAUCUCGCACAUCGAGCACAGUAUGGCUGCGAUCGAGGAACGAUACGGCUGUUCGAGCAUGGAAGUUGCCAAUGAAUUGAACAAAUUAACCGACAUAUGUAUUAGAUACCUGCAGGAGGAGCCUAACAGAACGACGAAGUGGUACAAAAAUGUCUUGAAAAAAACGCGGCGGUAUCUCGAUCGUGCCGAGGAAAUCGUAAACUUCACCUAUGGCCCGUGGCACGAAAUUCACCAGGAGAUCAUCGAAAAGAAGAAGGCGCUGGCAAUUAUCUUAAAAGACUACAACAUCUAACUCUGAUCUGUAAAUCGUGUGAGAUAUAAGCGAAUAAAUGAUGCACGUCAAAGCUUUUACAUA